CGCGGUCGCGGCAGCGAGGAACGCCGAGCCGCCGGUGUCCGUGUGACUGACAGCCGCUGUCCGUGUGACUGACACCACUGUUCGUGUGACUGACAGCGGGGCCGCGGAACGGGGCCGUAGGGCUGCGUCUGACCGCCCGGCACAGCUGCGCAUGCGCCAUUUUCUCCGCGGGGGAAGCCGAGCCUUCAGGCGCGCAUGCGCCGUGCUUUGUGCUGCGGGCGCGCGUUUCGCGCCGCGUCCCGUUAGUCGCUGAGGCGCUGAGCGGGGAUGCGGCGCUCGGCUCGCGCUGCUCGGGGCGGGCAGAGCGCGGUGUGAACUCAGCCUGCGGCGCUCUGCCCGGCAGGUGAUUGGGUGUGAAGCGAUGAAAGCCGGCACCGAUAACGUUAGGGUUAGAGUCUGGCUGUGCACACAGAAAAGUAUCGAUCUGUUGCAGUUACUUACGCCAGGAGUAAAUAUUGCUUAACGCUCAGUUGAAUUAAAGCGACAAAUGCAAGCGGGGCGGGUGAAGAAGCGCGAGCCGCAAAGUUGUGCUCAGCCGAGAGCGGCGCGACGUGCCGCAGUUCGCUCGUGCUGUGCACGCGUCUCUUCGCGCUCUUUUGCUCGCUCGCUCUGCGCGUGUGCGCAGCAGCGCUGCGGUGCCGGGCGCUGCAGGGGCCGCCAGGCGGCGCUGUGAGGCGGCGGCGCUGCGCGGGGCGCGCUGAGGCACGGAGCGGAGCGGCGGGCGGCUGCGAAGCCGUUCGUAAGCGUACAGCCCCGCGGGUUGGGAGGCGUGAGAGCUCUGUGUGGAGACGCGUCUGAAGCUGGCGGAGAAUGGCAUCGCCGCCUUCGGAUGCCACCUGCGUGUGACUGCAGCGCCUGCCUCCUCGGUGCGCUCGAGUGAAAGGUUUUCCGGUCCUGCUUCCGCAGCCCAAAGCAUUUCAAUGCAGGCUUCGCGAUUCUGCCGGCGCGUUCGCAGGGGAUCCGUGCUCUAAAUGCCCGCCGCACAGCGCAGCCCGGCUGCUUCCUAUGGGAUGCAUCUGCGUAAAGGAAGAAUUCGGCUUCUAAGAUGGGUAAUAAGCAGACAAUAUUCACUGACGAGCAGCUGGAUGCCUACCAGGAUUGCACGUUCUUCACUAGGAAAGAAAUCCUUCGGUUGCAUGGCCGGUACCAUGAAAUGGCACCAAACGUUGUGCCCAUGGACUACACAAAGGAUCCUGAUGUUAAACUACCUAUGCAGCUUAUAAUAAACAUGCCUGAGCUAAAGGAGAAUCCCUUUAGGGAAAGAAUCGUGGAAUCUUUCUCAGAAGAUGGAGAGGGGAGCCUCAGCUUCAAUGAUUUUGUGGACAUGUUCUCUGUGCUCAGUGAAAUGGCUCCCAGAGAGCUCAAAGCUAUCUAUGCCUUUAAGAUCUAUGAUUUUAACACAGAUAACUUCAUUUGUAAAGCAGACCUGGAAAAAACACUCAAUAAGCUGACCCGAGAAGAGCUAACAGCAGAAGAAAUCACUCUGGUUUGUGAGAAAGUGAUAGAAGAAGCUGACAUGGAUGGUGAUGGCAAAUUAGGAUUUGCAGAUUUUGAAAACAUGAUUUCCAAAGCACCGGACUUUCUCAGUACUUUCCACAUAAGAAUCUGAAGAACUGUGUGUGAGCCAGCGUUGUCAGAAUGGUUUGUCAGUCCAGCCUAUCUGAAUCUCAGGCGCUCUGGGGGCUUCUGUCCUCUCCUUGUGGCUUCUUAGAACUCAAAAAAUACUGAAAUGAUUCUGGUCUGCAAAGAGAGAGAAGCAUCAUUUGACCUACAGGAUGUUUGGAACAGUCACGUUUUUAUCUUCACUGCUGGCAUUCUGGCAAAGAUGGCUGAUUGCUGGGUUGUGGUUACUCUUUUUCUUUUUUUCUUUUUUUUUUUUUUAACAGACAGAAUCAGAAUGUUACUAAAGGUAUUUCCACACAUUUUUUAUAUUUAUGAAUAUUUAAUACUGAUCUUACAAGCAAAAAAAAAGAAAGAAAAAAGCGAUUAGCUUGGGUGACUUCAAGAAAAAAAAAAAAGCAUGGGCCUUAAAUAAUGAGAUGCCUCUAUCACUGUGUUGUACAGCUGGGGAUCUUGCAUGGAAAUUAUCUUACGUGAAAGAACAGUCAAGAUCCAAUUCCCAGUGUUGAAGACAACCACAUCCCAGGCUUGCCCUUCAGUCACUGAAAUGGCAGUUGCUGGGUUUGGUGCUUACCUUCAACUAAUAUUUUAUGGAUUGUCACGUCCUUAUGAAACUUGAAAUAUUUGCAUUUUGUAUGUGAUUACUGCAUAUGUGAUUCAUUUCUUCCCUAGAGAAACUUUGAAACUGUGUCCUUAUUUUCAGAGGGAGUCUUGCAUUUUACUCAUUCUGUGGUCUGACAGUGUUGAAUAGAAGAAUACAAUCAUCUAUAAUCCAUGAAGAAAUUAAAGAAGCACAGCACUAUUACUAAGGACAUAAAAAGACAUUUUCUAUCUAAACCAGCUAUGCAAUCUUUCCCAUAGAGUGCAUGAAUGCAGCUCAGUAUUUCUCUUUCCUCUCCAGCUGGAAAUCAGCUAGAUUUCUUCUUUUUCUUUUUUUAAUUCCAGUACUGUUUAGGUACUGGGGCCUGAAGACAAUCACACAUGUAUUACUGUUCUAACAGUCAAUAGAAGGGCUCUGUCACUUACAUGGCUUCUGUAUCAAAGUCAUAACUAUUAAAACUUUUGACGCAUUUUGUUGUGCUUUGAGAA